AUGAGAUCGUUGUUGAUCGCCAUCGUAGUUCUCUUGUUUUUGAAGCACGCCAAAACCAGCAAUAUGUUCAACGAGUACUUCAAACGAGGCAUGUAUGAAUGUGCAUUGGAUUACUUGAAAGAUAUUCAAGAGAUUCACCGUUAUGUUCAGAAAGCUUCAAUUCGACAACAAGAGUGUCAAACAAAAGCUUCACAGACAGACAAAACUUUUCCCAAAACGAAUAUUGCUCCACUGGAUGAGUACAUCGAGCGGAUGCGGCAAGAAGAAGAGGAAGAAGAAGAGACGAAAUCAAUUCGUACACUGCGUGCAGUGAGAACGUCUUGA